UCCAAAGCCGUUAAAUCCAUCAAUCUCCAGAUCAGUAGGUUCGGCUUAUCAAAGCUUCCCAAGCGUUCCAGUGGCUUUCACACCCCUGAUAAGUCUUUCAUUGCUUCGACUUUGCCAAAGUUAUCUACGCACGAGCAAGACGAAUUCUCCGAUAUAGUCUCAAACCCCAUUUCGUUAUCACAUUUAUCGAAUUAUUUCUAUGGCCUUUCCAGCUCUCACAACUACUCAAAUCAGCUUGGACACCCCAACUCUCGAAGACCCAGCGAAGAAGAUGCCUAGUUGGACCAACACCCCCAGCGGCACCAUGGCCGCGAGCGUGCUCAGCGCGUUCUCCAAGCCCAAGCCUUCGGACUGUUUCACGUACGUUACGGACUAUCCGAGGCCAUCCCUGCCAUCUAAAGACUGGGUCCUGGUCCGCGUCCAUGCCGCAGGACUGAAUCGCGCCGAGCUGCGCGCAAGAAACCAGGAGCACGUGUCCAAGCUCGAGUUCGGCAUGUUUAUCGACGAAUUCCACGAGAACCACCCGAAGAUUAUAGGCGAGGAGUUUGUUGGGGAAAUCGCAGAAGCCGGGACUGACAGCGGAUACAAGGUUGGCGACGCCGUUUGUGCAUGGGCCUACGGUGGCGGCAAGGCCUACGACGGUGCUUAUGCAGAGUACACCAUCUGCCACAAGAAGCGAAUCUGGCCGCUUCCAGACUCCGCCAAGCAGAUUCCGUGGGAUGUUCUUGGAGCAGUGCCCAUGGGUCUAUGGACCGCAUAUGGUUCGAUAUUCCACGCAGGCCAGACGAAACCAGGCGACACUGUAUUCAUUCACGGAGCCACCAGUAGCGUGGGUAUUUGGGGCAUCUUGGUUUCCAAGAAUGUGGGCUGCACCGUUAUUGCAAGCACGAGGCAAGAAAGCAAGAUUCAGAAGCUGAAGGAUGCGGGAGCCGACCACGUCGUGCUCGAGAAAGACCUGCUGGCAGACCCGGGCCUGAUCAAGAAGCUAGUCCCGGGAGGUGCGAAUACCGUUUUAGAGAUUGUGGGACUUGGUAUGCUGAAGCCAAUCGCAUUUCCCGCGUGUGCUAUGUAUGGUACCGUUGUUUCAAUGGGUAUUUUGGGCAAGGUGUGGUCGAUCCCGAACUUCAAUGCAUCGUUCGUUCCAACGACUCGCAAGUUGACUACGUACACCACCCUGGAUGAGGACUAUGAACCUGCGAAGAAGGUACUGGCAGACACUGUGGAGAAGAUCCUGAGUGGUCAAUACAAAAAGGAGCAGUUCUUGGAUAGUGUAUAUGACUUGAAGGACGUUGGUAAGGCGCAUGAGCGAAUGGAAGCGAACGAGGCUACCGGCAAGAUCGUCUUGCGUUGUUAGUUGAAAUACGUAGCAGUAAUUGCAGUC